GUUACCAAAUUGUUUUGUUUUCAGUUCUCCGACACAGCGCUGUACACUCAACUAUUGUACUUCUCCCGCUUGUUUGACUUCGAUCACGCGGUGAAAAAUUCAAAAACAGGUCAGUAUUUUGAGUAAGUGCCGAGUGUGAGUGAAAACGUUAUUUACCCACGGUAGUUUCAUCAAAUACCUUUACGGUAAACUAUCUGUUCUUCUCGAAAGCCGUGCUUAAGAAAUUCAAUUACAUAAAAAUAUGUUUAUAUCUAAAACUAAAGCGGCUAAGAAGAGAUCGCGCACUCUAUAAACUAAGAAAGGAGAGAAUUUAUAAUGGUUGACUGAGAUAGUAUGUACGACUUGAUCCUCGCCUUGAAUUUUGCAGAAAAGUCUCUUUCUUUGAACAAGAAGGGAGGGAACCCCAUAGCUCAACAGCCGCAAAAGCAAAACUAUUCUUAAAAUAGUUUGUUCUUGCUUUGGGCAGGUAGAAGGACAACUUAACCUUCAAGGGUUGACGUAAACCCGAGCGCCCAUUUCUUGCGUCAAGGCUUACGUUUCUCCUUACGUUCGCUUUUUACGCGUUUGAACGGGGACAACUCAAACGCAAGCACAAUUGCAAGGUGGAAAGGGCUCAACUGUCAUGUUGGGUUACAGAAUGAUCACGUGCCUUUUUGUAUGUCUGUGCCUGUGUUUGCGCUGGACGUGGGGACUUGUCUGCCUCGUUCCUAGGCGUCUCAAGUGUGUUGGGAAAACGGAACACACGACUUCGAGCGAGGGUAUCGCACAAUGAACCAUGGGAACGUUGAGCGUUGACGCAAAGGACGUUGGAAAGGGUGAACGCCUUUCCAAUAAUACCAUGAUCCAGUCGCUCUCCAAUCCGCUAGAACGCGCCUGGGUACGAGGCAAGAAACUUGUGCUUCCGCUGGCAAAACAAAUAUUAAAUGUUUCCAAGGAAGUUGUAGAAAGCACAAUUUUUAUCCACACCAUAGAAUAAAAAAAUGUUUAUUAUUAUUAUUAUUAUUAUUAUUAUUAUUAUUAUUUACUCAUUUAUUUGAUUUGACCUUUAAACAAUCUGUUCAAAUUCCUUUCGUCUGUUCUUUUUUUAGCUGUGGGCGUAACACAGACUACGAAGUCAUUUUACAAAGCUGUGCACUCAGUGAUUUCCAAAGUCCUAACUGCUAAUGGUUACUCUGAAGUGAACCUUUCGAAAUUGUUUAGUAGUUUCUUCGUGUAGAAACAGUGAAAAAGUUCAUACCCUCCAUUAGCCAAUCAGAAGCAAAGCCCAUAUCAGUGAUGCGUUGCGCGCGGUUACCGCGCUUUGCUCUGAUUGGUUUGUUGAGGCUAGUUUUCCUAAUGUGCACUCUCCCACGCUUUCGUCUAAUUGCCAGUUUUCCCGCCAGUCAGUCAGUUCCCCGCCUUAGCAACCUGACCAAUUUGUACGCUGUUUUCAUUCACUUAGCGAGUACUUUAAUUAUUCUACAAUAACAAUAUUGGCAAGUAAUUAGAUGGAAAACAACGCUUUGAAAGCAAUCCUAUAAUUGAACAAAGAAUUACGUGCUUAUUUCCUAAUGUAUAUAAGUGUGCUUUCUUUUAAGGUCAAGACUAUACGUCUGUAGAUGUCUCCUUAUAACAGCACGUUUAAUCACGUCGCCCGUACAAUGUUUUUUCCAAUUUGUCUAAAUAAAAUUUGUUUAAAAAUUUCAGCCUUACACUAUUAAUUGAUUUUAAAAGAAUCAUUCAUUGAAAUCUGUUCUUACAGGAUGUUCAUUAUAGGAGUUGUUUGCCUGUUGAAAGUUUUAUUUCCGAAUAAUCUCCGACAGACAAAGACAACGUUUUGGCGAGCACCUUCGGAGCAUCGAGAACAACUUGCCUGGUUUUCCUGCCGCUGUGUAUUUUACACGGUGUUUGGGAGAAAUUCUUAUGGGUAUAAUGAUACGCUGCUACCCCCACUGGCCAACACCUGAAAAGUGUGUGACUUAAAAUUACUCUUUCCUUCUUUAUAGCAUAACAUAAUAUUAGUAUAACAUUGCAUUAUGUGUACAAGAAUGAUACGUUGUUUCUAUUUUCUGGCCCAGACGUUGACAUCAUUCGAUCUAAAUAUAAUUACUCUUCCACUGAAGUACAUCAUCUUGCACAUAUGUCUCACUUCCGAGGCAGAUCGGAAAGAACUUCAAUAUCUCCAAUGCCAUGCUAACUGUUCGGUUUUCCAAGUCUUAAUUUGUCUUAAGAAUAUCGAGAAUUUGCCGUCAAAACUCAAAUUUAGAAAUACUUCAUUUUCAGUCAGGAAAAACCCUUUGGUGAAACAUUUUCGAAAAUCACAAUCGUUUCGAGAGGAUUUUCUUUUUCGAGAAAACCGCCAAAAAGUGAAAUGCUGCCCCACGUCAUAUAGUCGCCGAUCUAAACCCUUUAAAUUUUAGGGAAUUUUACCAUUUGUAAAGCCCUCGGGAAGAAAGGCGGUUGAAGGAAACAAGUUUAUCUUUGGCAGGUAAGUAAGGCAUCCCAGUUACAAUACUAUUUGGUAAAAAUAUUGCAAGAUAAGGGACCGAUCGUUUAUUACGUCCCGGGGGGGGGGUUUUCAGAAAAGUGAAGUGUAUGAUAAUACUCGAGACACUGUACCGUAUUUUGGCAUAAAUGGCUUGUCCAUGAUCUUGUGCUGUGAUCCCCCCUCCACACGCUUAUCAAAGUUGCUAGCAAUACAAGACCAUGCUCAAAACUUGGAGGAACAACUUUGAAUGGGAGGGAGGAAGGAGGUCAGUAUUAUUUCUCACAGACCUGUGACCAGGAGCGAUUUGAAGCAAGAAAGGUCGGUUUUUCGUGGGAGUGUCUCAACAUUUUUGCAACCGGUUGUUUAUAUCGGGAAGGUCGAAAUUAUGGCUAUUCAACACUUUUCAUUCGAAUACGAUUAAAAAUAUGAGAAUUUCCUUUCUAACAUUUCCGUUAUACAAAUCCCAAAAAUAGGUGAGACUUGCAUAAAUGUUUUCCCAUGCUUCCUUGUGUACCAAUUUUUUCUCCUUCUUUUCUUGUGCAUGACUUUGUUUUUCUUUUGCUAACCCCCCUACUCCCCCCUAAAAAAUAAAUGGCUGGCCCCUCCCAUAGCAAAAAUGUAAAAAAACAAGAGACACCAUUCGAAAUGAAUCGUGAUCAUGACAUGUGAUUCACACAUGAAUGCUUUCUGCAACGAUCGCUUUAUCAUGGCUAGUGACUUGAUCGGAGUCAUGAUCAGUUUUAGCUCAUUCUCUCUUGGUUUUAGUCUCCUUCGCAGCCGUUCGGGCAAGAGUCACGCAAGGCUCUCCGCCCCACGCGUGGACGUUUAUCUUAAGCCCUGUCCACAUUAAAAUACGUAGAAUUUUGAACGCGCUGUGUUAUAAAAUAUUUUUGGUCCAGGCUGAACCGGUAUAUUGGAAAACACAUCAUUUAUUUGGUCAAAAAUGGAUAAACAUGCAAAGUGCAUAUAUUAUUUUCAAAAUGUUUUCUCUCAGAUUAAAACUCAAUUUACGCAAACCUGAUGUUUUUAAAUUUACUCGCUUUGAAGCUGGAAUAUGCGAUGAGCGUUUACCAGAAGUUCCGAGAUCGCAUGAUUUUCGCGCGCGCGUGUGCCUCGUGCUCACACGUUCACAGGGCGUGACAAAUCUCCUUUACGCCCUCUGCGCUCCAGGUGUUUCGUUUCAGCAUGGGUUCUUGAUCUACGUAAAAUUACGGGCUGAUUUACAGUAGAAAAAGUUCCAUUUCUCUGCUCCACAAUUUAUCCAGCUAACUUUGGUAAAAAAAAAAAAACGGACACCUAGAGUUAGUACCCUCUAGCAUCAGUCCCUUUCUUGUCUAAUACCUUCGAUAAGACGAUAUCGUAUUGAAUACUUGGCACUCUACGGAGUACUAGCUACGAAAUACUUGCUCCACACACACAUAACUGGCUAUCAAAUCGUUUACCCAAAUGACCAAAACCCUAAAAACCUUGUUCUUUUUCAUCUUCUACUUUCCGUCCCCAAGGCAGCCUGCGGGAAAAGUCCAGAGCUUCGGGCCCAGGCCCCGGGGGCUGAGGGUAUAGUGAGGGUUGGCAAAUUAAAACUAACUUUUCAUUGUGUUUUUUUGUGUGUGUGUGUCUGCGAAGUAUUUGUGGCCGCGUGAAACAAUAGCGCCGGUUGUGCGGGUAUCCCGGUCUUUUUUGUUGUUGUUGUUGUUGAUGCAAUGUAAGUCAGGUUCUCUUUAUUUUCUACAUAAAUUAUUAAACGAAACAGCCGCAUAUUUGGGCUCGAUGAAAAGUCCCUGGGUGGGAAUUACGGCCUUUUUUGUGUGCCCUACGGUGGGGAAUAGACCGACAAGUGAGAGGUAGAUAGUAUAAAGGAACCAUUCAGAGGCCGAUCCUGUACCCUUUGUAAAGCGUUUUUAAUACAAAUUGUAGUAGCAAGGUUUUACUCAGGUAAUGACGAACAUCAAAUGGUUCCUCUGAGUUCACUGAUGAUAAAUUUGCCCGUAAAGUUCAUAAGAGGAAACUUUGAGUACUUUCUUGGCCGGUUAAAUAACGUAUUUUAUGAAGAGGCGAAGUGCCCUUCAGUUGUUUGUUUCAAUAAUAUUACUUUUCGUACGAACAUUUUGUGUCAAUAUAACAGUUUUUAAUAGAUUUAAAGCAUUUUGUCGACCAGUUGGGAAGAGCGCAUUAAGGGCGACCUUCCACCUGGGUCACUGAAGCAAUAGGACUAAUUUAUAAUGAACGCAAGCUCUUUAAUUACUGAACAUAAAAUAAAUCAAAAAAUAAAUUAAGAAAGGAGUGCUUAGGGUGGUGUCGAUAUUAUUUGUUGACCUUUGUUGUUUGGUUCGCCAAACGCAGUUUCAGUUUCCCAUUUCAGCUGCCAUUUGAACUCUAACAACUUCCAGCCCCUCAGUAACGGGUUUUUAUCGAAUGAAACAAACUUUCAGAUGCACUUUAUCGAAAAUUUUUGAUUUGAGAUUUUAACAUUCCGCUUUCCUUCGGUACAUACAUGUAUAUAGUCUGCACUUGACCUUCUUCACGGCGGUUUUCAGUUAUUCCAUUUAUACGUUAAAGUUAAAAAAAACGAUAUUCAUAGAAGACUUAAGUAUUCGUAUUAUGGUGGCCCACUUCUGUCACGGCAAAACCAAAAACCUCACGGCAAAAACAAAAUACCUCACGGCAAAACCAAAUACUUCACAGCAAAAACAAAAUAGCUUUGGUUUUGCCGUGGGUAUUUGCUUUUGCCGUGAGAUAUUUGGCUUUUGCUGUGAAGUAUUUGUUUUUGCCGUGAGGUCUUUGGUUUUGCCGUGAGGUUUUUGGUUUUGUCGAGAGGUUUUUGUUUUUGCCGUGAGGUUUUCGGUUUUGCCGUGAGGUUUUUGUUUUUGCCAUGAGGUUUUUGGUUUUGCCGUGAGGUAUUUUGUUUUUGCCGUGAGGUUUUUGGUUUUGCCGUGACAGUUGUGGGCUACCGUACCAAAGGGUUCUUUCUGACUGAAAAUGAAGUAUUUCGAAAUUUCAGUUUUGACGGUGAAUUCUCUAUAUAUUUACAGACAGCCGCUCUUAAAUCAAAGAAGGAGAAAUCGGGUACCGUAGUAUUAUCGCUGGUUCUUGAUGUACCGCUAUACAUUUGGAUCGCCCAGUGACGCCGGUAAGCAGACUUUCUGAAAUUCGAAUGUCCACUGUUGUUAGUUUAGAAACUUUAAAGUUCAAGGCAGUGAUGAAUAAGCAGAGAAUGAACGCCACGGCAUUACUUCCCUGUAUUUGUGGCUUGUUUUGUCACUAGAUACUAUCUGCAGUGUAGUUUUAGGGGUAAAUCGCGACAUUAAUGAUAAGGAAUUCUCAAACUCAUUAAUAAUUCAUAAAGAAAAUACAAAGAAAAUUAAUGUUUAAUGAGUGUUUGGAAAUCGGAUGAAAAACUGCUUAGUAUUUGCAUCCUUAAUUUCUCCUUCAAAAAUGAUUUUGUUUGAGAAGAAAUAUCAAACAUUCGACACAGUGGUUCAUCACCAGAUGAAACACCUCGAAGUUCGUCAAAAAUACUCUGCUGCGCGUCGUAUUUUCAACUCUCUUCUCGGUGUUUCAUCUGGUGAUGAAACACUGCGUCUCAUGUUUGAUAUAUUACAUGAAGGUCUUACUAACACAAAACUGAUUCUGUUAUAUUGAGCCAACAUUGCAUGCAACUUUUCAGGAAGCUUCUUCUUGAAAUCAUUAAUUUCAAGCUGCAAAGGAAUUUUUGUGUGAAAAGAUGAUCAGUAAACUUAAAAUUAUCUGCGUCACGAAAUUCAGCCAAAUUACGAAAUUACAAAAUGCCCGUUAAAUUAAGAGAAACAUAAAAAUAACUGCUUAAAACUUUAAAGGAAGGAUAAAAUAACAUAACAGAAACAACAGAUGCCACGGAUGGGCAAAACUGAAGAAGAUUGAAACGGAUUGAAAUUAGGGUUUUUUAAAACUGUUCAGCCUAACAGUUUUUCAAAGUUGAUCCCUGUUGCUUGCAACUUCAAAAAUAAUACUCAGGAGACAUAUUUGUUUGUCUCGGAUCUCUGAUUUUGUCAUAUACCUGUAAUUUCUUUGCUUACUUUAAUUUUCAUAGCGAUUGAGGGCGAGUAAUUGGCAAAAUUAAACAAAAUGAACUGGACUGCCGUGACACAGCCCCUUUAAAAUUAUCAGCUGAAGAUCAGUGACCGUCGUGAGCGUCCAGGGCUUUCAAGAAGUCUUAAAUAAUGUUCUCAGUCUUUAACAGACUUCUUUCUCGUUUUAAGCGCACAAUCAACAAAGCUGCAACUUCUUUUAACUAAAACAUAUUGUCACUUUUGCGUCCCUUAUUUUGCAAAUUUAGAUCGCGUGAUUCUGGACUCAUUCUUGGUAGAUUAAUGCGUUUUUACAAUUGUCGCUAAACACAAAGUUCUGCUGUUUAUCUUCCAAUCAUGGUGAUUGGUCAAUCUUUUUUUCUCCUGUUUUUCGACAAGGAAGUGUGAAUUAAAGUAGGAUUCAUUCUCACUGAGCCACUGUUGGAGCUUGUUGAAGCCGUUUAACUACACGAACUGAGUUAGAACUAUUUCCCGAGGAACUCAGCAAAGACUAUUUAUAUAAUUCCUCGUGGCGAAUUUGUGCGAUCUCUGCAUAAAAAAAUAAUAAACUGAGUAUUUUCCUCAUAAAAUUCAGCUUAUAUAUGACAGUACUACGGUGGCCCACAACGGCAAUACACAAAUAUCUAUUAUAUCACUGCAUUAUAUAUCUUAGUACACAAACAUAUUCAUUGGCUGCUCGGGUAUAUUUACCAGUACAAUAAAAUAUACACCAGUACAACAAUACUGUAUCCCAGUACAGAAAUGUUAAUUUCAGUACAAAAAUAUAAACUCCAGUACGGAAAGAUAUCCCCAAUUCUUAGUACACAAAUAACAGCUCCAGUAAAAAAAAUAUCAAUGUCUCAGUACAAAAACAUAAGUUCCGGAACAAACAUAUUCAUCGGUUGUGCGACUAGAUUCUUCAGUACAGUAAAAUUCAUGUAUACAACAGUACAACAAUAUUUAUCCCAGUACAAAAAUAUAAAUCUCAGUACAAAAAAAAAAUUGAAAGAAAAAUAUAACAAUAGUACAACAAUGUGUAUCCCAGUACAGAAAUGUAAAUUUCAGUACAAAAAUAAAAGUUUCGGUACAGAAAAAUAUUUUUUAAAAAAUUGGAAAAAACCGGUAGGUACUUUAUAUAUGAUUAUUACUAUGUACCUAAAUAUAUAUGCUUAUUAUAGCAUACCUAAACAAACCUUAUAUACUUCAUUAUUGUAAAUUAUCUCGACUAUACAACACUAAACACCACCCUACACCUCUAUACCACACCAUGCAUCACCAUCCAACAUCAUGCACCCCUAGACCUCACCAAAUACCUCUAAACAUACACCCAUUUAUAACACCAUGCUCCUACAUACUUCACCAUAUACCUCUAUACAUCACCAUACACCCCUAUACAUCACCAUACAUCCAUGUAUAACGCCAUGCACCUCUAUACCUCACCAUACACCCAUGUAUAAUACCAUGCACCUCUAUACAUCACCAUAUACCUCUUUUCAUCACCAUACACCUCUACUGAUCACCAUACACCCCUAUAGAUCACCACACAUCCAUGUAUAACACCAUACACCCCUAUACAUCACCACACAUCCAUGUAUGACACCAUACAGCCCUAUACAUCACCAUACACCCAUGUCAGCACCCAUGUAUAAUACCAUGCACCUCUAUACAUCACCAUAUACCUCUAUACAUUACCAUGUACUCUCUAUACAUCACCUUACACCCCUAUACAUAACCACAGACCUCUACACAUGACCAUUGUAUACAAGUGUAUGGUUAUGAAUAGGGGUGUAAGAUGUUGUAUAGAGGUAUAUGGUGAUGUAUAGGGGUUCAUGGUUUUAUACAUGGGUGUAUGGUGCUGUAUAGAGGUGUAUGAUGAUGAAAAGAGGUAUAUGGUUAUGGCGUUAUACAUGGAUGUGUGGUGAUGUAUAGAGGUAUAUGUAAGAUAUAGAGGUGCAUGGUGUUGUACAUGGACGUAUGGUGAUGUAUAGGGGUGUAUGGUGUGGCAUAGAGUUGUAAGGUGGUGUUUAGUGCUGUAUAGUCGAGAUAAUUUAUAAUAAUGAAAUAUAUAAGGUUUGUUUAGGUACACUAUAAUAAGCAUAUAUGUAGGUACAUAGUAAUAAUCAUAUAUAAAGUACCUACCGAUUUUUUCCAAUUUUUUUUUUUUUAAAUAUUUUUUUGUACCGAAACUUUUAUUUUUGUACUGAAAUUUAUAUUUCUGUACUGGGAUGCACAUUGUUGUACUGUUGUUAUAUUUUUCUUUCCAUUUUUUUUUAAAAAUUUUUGUACCACAACUUUUAUUUUUGUACUGAGAUUUAUAUUUUUGUACUGGGAUAAAUAUUGUUGUACUGUUGUAUACAUGAAUUUUACUGUACUGAAGAAUAUAGUCGCACAACCGAUGAAUAUGUUUGUUCCGGAACUUAUGUUUUUGUACUGAGAGAUUGAUAUUUUUUUUACUGGAGCUGUUAUUCGUGUACUAAGAAUGGGAGAUAUCGUUCUGUACUGGAGUUUCUAUUUUUGUACUGAAAUUAACAUGUCUGUACUGGGAUGCAUAUUGUUGUACUGGUGUAUAUUUUAUUGUACUGGUAAAUAUACUCGCACAGACAAUGAAUAUGUUUGUGUUCUAAGAUAUAGAAUGCAGUAAUAUAAUAGAUAUUUGUGUAAUGCCGUUGUGGGCCACCGUACAGUACCCCCCCGAGACCCUAAGUAAAGAUAAGUCUUAUCUUUACUUAUCAGUUCUUCUGUCUCUUUUUUUCUCUACAUUAGACAUUUGCUCUUGGAAAGUCAAGAGGUUUGUACUUAUCAACAUUUUACCUUUAGCUGUAGAUUUUUGAUCGGAAAGGUUAACUUACCCAUUUUAUGAGCAGCUUAAGAGAAGAGAAUCAUCUAAAGAAUCAACAUGACGCAUUCAGUGCUUUUCAAUACAAACAUGAUCCAUAAAAUCGUCCGCCAAUAAAGCUAAAUUUUACGGAAGGCUCAAAAUUUAAUAUUCAGUCAUAUAAUAUUUAGAUAACAAGUUAUACCUUUGAUACUACUCUUAUUGAUACAAUACAAAUUGUACUGACCUAUUUAUCGCUUCUCCUGAUAGUUGACAUAAUUCGAUCCAAUUUCCUCAUUUAGUUUUCCUUUAUCGACAUUCCAAUUUUUUUGCAGAUCGACCGAGCAAAAUACUGGGACCAAAGAGUGAAAGUACAUGUGACAAUUUUUCUGGCAGUUUCUUCUUAGCAAUGAAUUGCGAGGUCAGUUAGCUUUUUUUUCAGUUGCUUAGCUUAAUUGCUUUCAAAAGGGAAUGAUAAUAGGUAAUGCUUCAUCUAUAAAGGUUGAUCAAUGUGGUUAUUGUUUAUUCCAGACUUUUGAAGCUUCUUCAUAACUGAACAAUCGACUACACUGAAUCAACGUUAGGUAAGCUUCUUGACCUCAGUAAACGCAGCUGUUUUUGCUUACUAUGAGUCUAUAAAUGUUCAUUGUAAGUCUUUCUUUAGAAGCCUAUAUUCUUUCUCUUUCUACAAUUAAUUAAUGUGAAUCAUUGGACCCACUUGAUGUUACUGCCAUUGCAGUUUCAUGGCGUAUUUAUAGGUUGACCUGUUCUCGUCUAAAUAGGACACACCCCCAUGAUUUUUCUGGCCAGUUAGAUCCUUAAGGGCAAACCAAAUCUUCUUAGAGUCAUCACGGUUUUCUCUGAAAGAUUCGUAGAAGAAAUUCUUCUUGGCUCUUUUAAUAGCCUCUGUGAGUUUGUUUUUCUCGCAAUAGACUCAAAGGUGUCGUUGAAAACAAAGACCCCUAAGACCCCCUAAACCCCCGAAUGACUCUGAACUUUAUUGAUUAGGGUUAGGAAACUGAGUUAAUCAACUUUCAGGUCAGUUUGUCUGGUAUAAUGAGUGAAAAUGGAAGUUUGAUUAACUCAGUUUCCUAACCCUAAUCAAUAAAGUUAUGAUACAGGAUACUGCACAUGCAUAUCUCACUGUACUUGCAUUUACAUUUGCAUCACUUGUACGGUUAUAAACCAGCCCUUCAUUUUCAGGAGAGUUUUAAAAUUAUCAUGUUCAAUUAAAGAUGAAAUUACAAAGCAAAAACUGUUGUCUUGAGACUAAAGAGUUGGCUUUUUAUCAGCAGUAUGAUAAACUCAUUUUUCUCUCUUACAAACGAAAUCUCUGCGCCCCUAAGUUACCCUCUAAAAAUUCAUGACAGACGUCUGUCAUUUCAAUUACAUGAGCGAUCCUCUACCCAGUGUCUUGACAAGUUCGUUUGGGUAAGACUUCCAUACAACCCCAUACAUUUAUAUGCAUUUAACAAUCUCAUACUUAAUUUAUACUAAAACAGUUUAUGAAUAGUUUCAAAACAUUUUAUACACAAUAAAAUGUAUGGAACUCUGUGGAAAACUAUCUUGACUUCAUUUCUGUUUUUGUGUUAAAGUAUUACUUUUUGCCAUUUAUUUCAGUUACACUGGUUAACCGAGACAGUUGGCACGCCUUAGAGUGAAGGACUGACGGAAUUUCAUUUUACUGAAGAAAGGUAUUCCCUUACUAUACUAAUCUAUAAUGGUAUUCCUCUACAGUCUGAAUCCUCUUUUAGGCUGCAUUCAUUAUGUAUACCUCAGGGGGAGGGGGAGGGAGAGGAUUUUGGGGGGGGAUCUCAAAUUUUUUGGCAAGGGACAAGGGGGAGUUACCAAAAUUUUUGACAGAAGAAAGGGGGGUUGCUAAUUUGUUUUUCUCCAUUUAUUAAAAUUAGGAAGCAUUGUUCUGUGAAUUUUUUUAUAAAAGAAGACUACCUUAAUUACUCUAUGCUUAAAGAAAGUUUGCUAGCUUAUUUGCUGGAUAAAUACACUCUUUAUAGGACUUUAACUAUUAAUAUAACAUUUAAGUGUUUUUAUUGUAAAGCUAUUAAAUUGCUUUCGAGUCAACAACGUCCACAAAAUGUCAAUGAAAAGUUCAAUCUUUCUUUAACUGGAAAAUCGUCGUUAUUUCUGUGUUUAGCCGUAGCCACUGAAAUCAAGACUAAUGAAUGGACUGAACUAGAGCUCUAUAAACUAACAUAACAGCCAUACAAAGUAUUUUAUAAUUAGUAUUCUUAUGCAAAAAAGUUCACAUUGGAAUGUCUUGAAGUGCUUGAUGGCACAAAUAGCAUACAGAACUUGAAAAACGUUUCACUGGUUUAACAUUUGCUGAUGAAUGUUAUUAAACUGUACAAAUUUAAUGCUUGAAAACACAUUGCAACUGUCUUUGUGAAGUUUUUACGGCACAGUUUUUACUGCACUGUGAACAUUUUACAUGUAAUCACAUUUAAUUGUAGAAUUGUCAAGUGAAAAUUAAAAGAUACUUUUAGAUUGUAAAUCAGAAUGUAACGUAACAAAACAUAGCCUAAAUAGAGCAUGCGUUUUACUGUUUUGAGACGAAAAUUAAGCUGCUUCACGUUAGCCUGUGACAAUUAACAUCAGCCUCCACUAGUAAACUAUACUCCUACAACAUGUCAAUAGGAAAUCCAAAAUUCAAUGUUUCAGAUGCCAUUAGACAGCUUUUUUCCCAACUUUUUAAGGGCUCAAAACAUGGUUUGAGUUAUCGAGUGUAAAAUUAUAUAGAAAAUGACCUGAGGGGAAACGAAAAUUGGUUCGAGUUAGCGGGAGUUCAAGUUAUGGAGAGUUCGAGUUAUCAAGGGUUUGAGUUACCGAGGGUAAAAUUACAGUGAAUGUAUGAGGGAAAUCCAGGGGAAAUCGAUUUUGGUUUGAGUUAGUGCAAGGUUCAAGUUAUAGAGAGUCGACUGUAUUUUUAUUUCACAAAAAUCGGUGAACCUUUGGUUACCUUUUGUUUUAAGUUUUCUAUUUAAACAUUAAUCUGUCCACCAUUUCACAAUAAUUGCCUAUAUUUUACUUUUCUCGUCAAAACUUGGUUGGGGGGGGGGAGUUUGCCAUUUUUUCUUUUGGUCAAGAAGGGGGGCUGUCUGAAAAUUCUCUAUGAAUUGGGGGCCCGAUCUUAAAAAAUUUUGCCCUUUUAAAAAAUAUCCUCUGCCCCCCACCCCCCACCCCCCCUGCCCUGCAAUAUACCUAAUGAAUGGAACCUUAUGUGAUGUGUUAUACAAGUAGAAUGAAAGACUUUCUUGUGUUACUGAAGUCCUCAAAAGUAUCCUGGUGAUUUACUGGCAGGGAAAGUUAUAAUUUGGAGAUUUUGGACCACGACAGCUAGUUUGCUGACAUUAAAAAUGAAGUUGAGAUAUUCGUUGUAGGGAACAGCAAAAUAUUGGAAAUUGUUUGAAAUAAACUUAGUGAGCGGCAUGGAGAAGUGUAUCAGUUGGCCUCACUAAACUACUAUUUUCUAAUGCAUAAAUUUUAAUCUUGGUCUAAUUGUAGAAUGGAUAAAGAUCAAUCUAAGAAGAAAGGAGAUACUCUUUGGAAACAGGUGAAAAGAAGUGCUGCAAAGCCCUUCCAGAAACCAUUUGGGAAACCAAAAAACCAAGGUAAAGAAAGUUGUAAAAUGAUAUGUUGACAUUCGUGUUUCUUGUAGAUAUUUUUGGAGAUUAAGAACAAUUCCAAGUAAUUAAUACCUACAAGGGUCUUUCCGUGGGUCUUUGGAAUUCUGAGGUGGAGUGUUUCUUUCCCCUUAGGGGAGCUGAUCCACUGCCCAGUUACUCUGUAGCUCAAUUGGGAAAUUGGUCUGUCGAGCUACAGGUUGUACAGCUGUAAGAUCAGGAUCUUUAAAUAAACAUAACUGUGAAGAAAGUGCUGCCUUUUGUAUGACAGCUGCAAAUCGUUAGACUUUCUAGUCUUCUGGCCAUCAAGGACAAUACUUGUAAAUCAUAAUAACCAUCAUACAUGUAUAUAAACAUUCCGUGACACAUUAAAGAACCCACACACUGUUAGUUCAUAAAGACCAGGGGAUGUGGUCCCUGCAACUCCAGUUCCUGCUGUUUAUAAUGUCGUCAGUAAACACUAAACAUGAGCUUGAACUUGAGUUUGUUUCAUGAGUGCAACCAUGAUAUGGUAUGUCAUUUACACAUUUUGUCAUUUGGUAUAAAGAUGCCUGUACUCAUUGUUAAAUUAUAUUAAAAUUGCAAACAGCUGAGAAAAAUUCAAAAAAUGGUUUAUUUUGAAGAUUUAUUAAAAGAUUCAUGAAUCUCCUACAGCAAGACAAAAAGCAUUUGAUCCAGUUCAUUGUCUCCAAAAAAGCAAUUCAUUUAACAACAUAAGUUGUGAACAUCAAGACACUGGUGAAAUGACUAAUUAUUUGUUGUUGUAUUUCAAGGUUCAUCUGGAAGGGGUGAGCAAGCUGGCCCAAGCACAAGUUCUGUUACAGGUGAAUAAGAGAUUACUAAUUCAUUGUAUGUGAGAAUCACAACAGCUCCCUGACAGUAACCAGCUACUAAACUUUGUCUUCUAUCUAUUAAUUCUACAAGGUUCACAACAGGGAAGUAUCUCCUCCUCUUUUUGGUACCUCUUAUAGAUCUUAAAAAAAUGAAUUUCUUCCAUGCUGACAAAGCAAGAUUCCGAUACCUUCUGGGGAUACUUUUGAAUUUUCUAAUUGACGAGCACCACAGUUGUUUAAUAGGGUAGUAUAUCCUCCUCCCUCGCCUCCCCCCACCACGCCCUGAGGACACUAGCGACCAACUUUACAGGGCUGUCACUAAGGGCCGGGAGGUGUGGAUUUCCCCUGGCUGCUAUGAGCAUGACCCUUGGUUACAUUCAUAGGAAAUAAAAGGAAAAUAGGACCAAAAGAAUUUUCAGGAUGUUCCAUUCCCUGCUCUGAAACUUGAAACCAUAGUGACAGCCUUGAACUCUAACCAGCAAGCUCUCUGCUCUAGUGGCUUUAUGUUCUGGUAUUAGAUCAUUCGAACUCUACCCUCUGAUUGGUUGGAAAAGCCCAGGAAAUAUUUUGCUUUGUUUUUUUUCCUGUUUUGAAAAUGUUUUUGAACUGCAACUGCUUACUAGAUCCCUUUCAGAAUCAACUCAGUGUGCAGCUGAAAUCCUGCAUAACCAAGUUUAAAACAUAAAUUUAUUGUCUAAAAUUGUGCACACUGCGACCAGACAUCAUUUAGUGAAUUAAAAUGUCAGUAUCACCCACAAUUCAGUAAAACUUUCAGUCCCAAGACAAGCUGCUCAGUGCUUUUUGUUAUUAAAAACUUUAUUAUUCAGACCCAGAAACUACGUGAGCAGUAAAAAAACUGACACAUUGAUGAACAUCCCCAUUUCUUUAGAAUAACUAUUGUUUUAAAUGUCUCGCUUCAAUUUUUAUUCUAUUUUGUUUAACUCACAGACCUGUCAGCAGGGAAACAGCCCUCUAGCUCUACGGCCACUAAGGAGGACUCACCAGGUACUAUUCUAUCAAUAAAGCAGAAAUGGUACCAGACAUACAGUAGAUUAAAAAUGCUUGCUUGAAUAUGAAAAUGACUUUUAUCGUUUGUUAUAUUGCAAUACAAAAUGAUCUUUAUUGUCACAGCUGUUUAUAUUUAUUUCAGAAAUAAGUAGCAAAGAAGUAUGAAUUGAUACUUCAAGUACCAAAUUCUUUUUCUCAUUCAAUUUUUCUGUUAGAAUUUUGCUAAGGUAUUUUUAACUUGUGUUAAUCCUCGAGGCCAGUUAUAAAAAGUAAGAAUUAUUUUUAGCACUCAACCACAAACGUCACUAACGGCUUUGGACAGCUAGCCCUCUAUUGGUGUCUCCUCCCUGAACCUCUCUUUGUGGGGUAACGCCCCUUUCACUUGCUUUACCGAUGCAGUCUUCAAAGACAUUUACAUAUAAUAAUAAUAAUAAUAAUAAUAAUAACGGUUUAAUAUCAGUACAUCCAUUGUAUGGCUCUUCGCCUGAUAUAAGAUUAAAAUAAGGAAUUUAAAAGGAAAAAAAAUACAUGAAUCUGAAUUAUGAAUUUGUAAAAAAAGCUAGGUAAUAAAAAGUAAAAAUAAUUAAUACAAUAUAUACAUUAUUUAAAACUAUGCAAGAAAUUAUUGCGCCCUCUUCUGGCAGCACUCCCUUAAAAUAGAUAAUGCUUGCUUACUGAAGGAUUUAAAAUUAUCACAGCAUUUAACAUUGGAUGGCAGAGAAUUGAAGAGGGCUGCCGCGCUAUACUGAAAAGUGUCCGAGGCAUAGGGAAUAACUAGAUUUAUGGUACUUGAUGACCGUAAAUUUCUAGCAUGUCUUACUUGCUCUUCUCCCGAUCUUUUCUGAGGGAGGGGGGGACGUCUGUACACAGGCUAUGACAGUCUUGAACUAGUAACCAGUAAGCUCUCUGCUCUACUGGCUUUAUGUUCUGGUUUUAGAUCUUUCGAGAACUCUACCCUCUGAUUGGUUGGAAAGGCCCAGGAAAUAUAUACACAUAUAUAUUUUUUUCCUGUUUUGAAAAUGUUUUUGAACUGCAACUGCUUACUUAGAUCCCUUUCAGAAUCAACUCAGUGUGCAGUUGAAAUCCUGCAUAACCAAGUUUAAAACAUAAAUUUAUUGUCUAAAAUUGUGCACACUGCAACCAGACAUCAUUUAGUGAAUUAAAAUGUCAGUAUCACCCACAAUUCAGUAAAAGCUAAGAUGUAAGCUUUCAGUCCCAAGACAAGCUGCUCAGUGCUUUUUGUUAUUGAAACUUUAUUAUUUAGUCCCAGAAACUAAAAUGUGAGUAGUAAAAAAACUGACAGAUUGAUAAACAUUUUCCCCAAAUACUUUUGAACAACCCAUGUUUUAAAUGUCUCACUUCAAUUUCUUUUCUAUUUUGUUUAACUUGCAGACCCGUCAGCAAGGAAACAGCCCUCUAGCUCUACGGCCACUAAGGAGGAGUUACAAGGUACUAUUAUAUCCAAUAAAGCCGACAUGGUACCAGACAUACGGUAGAUUAAAAAGGCUUACUUUCAUAUAAAAAUAACUUUUAUGGUUUGUUAUAUUGCAACACAAAGUGAUCUUUAUUGUCGCAGUCGUUUAUAUUUAUUUCAAAAAUAAGUAGCAAAGAAGAAGUAUGAUGUGAUACUUCAAGCAUCAAAUUCUUUCUCUCAUUCAAUUUUUCUGUUAGAAUUUUGCUGAGGUAUUUUUAACCUGCAUUAAUCCUCGAGGCCACUGGCAGUUAUAAAAAAUAAGAAUUAUUUUUAGCACUCAACCACAAACGUCACUAAUGGCUUUGGACAGAUAGCCCUCUAUUGGUGUCUCCUCCCUGAACCUCUCUUUGUGGGGUAACGCCCCUUUCACUUGCUUUACUGAUGCAGUCUUCAAAGACAUUUACAUAUAAAUGUUACUCGGCCAAGGCUGCCCAUCUUACCAUGUUCAUAAUUUGUAAUUGUAAUAAUUAAUGAUUCUUUAUUUAAUUAGCUCACGGUGAAAUUACAUUUUCAACUUUUUUAUAACUGAAAUUUGUGCUAGGUUAUAACUUUAUAGUAUAAGAGAAAUAAUAUAUAAGUGCGAGCUGGGAAGCUAAAUAUACAUAACUGUGAAGAAAGUGCUACCUUUUUUAUGACAGCUGCAAAUGGUUAGACUUUCUAGUCUUCUGGCCAUCAAGGACAAUACUUGUAAAUCAUAAUAACCAUCAUACCUGUAUAUAAAAAUUCCGUAAGACAUUAAAGAACCCACACUCUGUUAGUUCAUAAAGAGCAGGGGACAUGGUCUCUGCAACUCAAGUUCCAGCUGCUGUUUAUAAUGUCGGCAGUAAACACUAAACUUGAACUUGAAGUUGAGUUUGUUUCAUGAGUGCAACCAUGGUAUGGUAUGUCAUGUACACAUUUUGUCCUUGGUAUAAAGAUGCCGGUACUCAUCGUUAAAUUAUAUUAAAAUUACAAACAGCUGAGGAAAAUUCAAAAAAUGGUUUAUUUUGAAGAUUUGUUAAAAGAUUCAUGAAUCUCCUACAGCAAGACAAAAAGCAUUUGAUCCCGGAGUUCAUUGUCUCCAAAAAAGCAAUUCAUUUAACAACAUAGUUGUGAACAAGACACUGGUGAAAUGACUAAUUAUUUGUUGUUGUAUUUCAAGGUCCAUCUGGAAGGGUUGAGCAAGCUGGCCCAAGCACAAGUUCUGUUACAGGUGAAUAAGAGAUUACUAACUCAUUGUAUGUGAGAAUCACAACAGCUCCCUGACAGUAACCAGCUACUAAACUUUGUCUUCUAUCUAUUAAUUCUUCAAGGUUCACAGCAGAGAAGUAUGUACUCCUCUUUUUGGUACCUCUUAUAGAUCUUAAAAAAGUGAAUUUCUUCCAUGCUUACAAAGCAAGAUUCCGAUACAUUCUGGGGAUACUUUGGAAUUUUUUAUUUGACCAACACCACAGUUGUUUAAUAGGGUAGUAUAUCCUUCUCCCCCGCCUUUCCCCACCACGCCCUGAGGACACUAGUGACCAACUUUACAGGGCUGUCACUAAGGGCCAGGAGGCGUGGAUUUCCCCUGGCUGCUAUGAGCAUGACCCUUGGUUACAUUCAUAGGAAAUAAAAGGAAAAUAGGACCGAAAGAAUUUUCAGGAUGUUCCAUUCCCUGCUCUGAAACUUGAAACCAUAGUGACAGCCUUGAACUCUAACCAGCAAGCUCUCUGCUCUAGUGGCUUUAUGUUCUGGUAUUAGAUCAUUCUAGAACUCUACCCUCUGAUUGGUUGGAAAGGCCCAGGAAACAUUUUGCUUUGUUUUUUUUCCUGUUUUGAAAAUGUUUUUGAACUGCAUAGCAACUGCUUACUAGAUCCCUUUCAGAAUCAACUCAGUGUGCAGCUGAAAUCCUGCAUAACCAAGUUUAAAACAUAAAUUUAUUGUCUAAAAUUGUGCACACUGCUACCAGACAUCAUUUAGUGAAUUAAAAUGUCAGUAUCACCCACAAUUCAGUAAAACUUUCAGUCCCAAGACAAGCUGCUCAGUGCUUUUUGUUAUAAAAACUUUAUUAUUCAGACCCAAAAACUAUGUGAGCAGUAAAAAAACUGACAUAUUGAUGAACAUCCCCAAAUGCUUUAGAAUAACUGUUGUUUUAAAUGUCUUGCUUCAAUUUUUAUUCUAUUUUGUUUAACUCACAGACCUGUCAGCAAGGAAACAGCCCUCUAGCUCUACGGCCACCAAGGAGGAGUCACCAGGUACUAUUAUAUCCAAUAAAGCAGAAAUGGUACCAGACAUACAGUAGAUUAAAAACGCUUGCUUGAAUAUGAAAAUGACUUUUAUCGUUUGUUAUAUUGCAAUACAAAAUGAUCUUUAUUGUCACAGUUGUUUAUAUUUAUUUCAGAAAUAAGUAGCAAAGAAGUAUGAAUUGAUACUUCAAGCAUCAUAUUCUUUUUCUCAUUCAAUUUUUCUGUUAGAAUUUUGCUAAGGUAUUUUUAAGUUGCGUUAAUCCUCGAGGCCAGUUAUAAAAAAUAAGAAUUAUUUUUAGCACUCAACCACAAACGUCCCUAACGGCUUUGGACAGCUAGCCCUCUAUUGGUGUCUCCUCCCUGAACCUCUCUUUGUGGGGUAACACCCCUUUCACUUGCUUUACUGAUGCAGUCUUCAAAGACAUUUACAUAUAAAUGUUACUCGGCCAAGGCUGCCCAUUCCACCAUAUUCAUAAUUUGUAAUUGUAAGAAUUAAUGAUUCUUUAUUUAGCUCAUGGUGAAAUUACAUUUUUAACUUUUUCAUAACUGAAAUUUGUGCUAGGUUAUACUUUAUAAUAUAAGAGAAAUAAUAAGUGAGAGCUGGGAAGCGAAAUAAUACAUAACUGUGAAGAAAGUGCUGCCUUUUUUAUGACAGCUGCAAAUGGUUAGACUUUCUAGUCUUCUGGCCAUCAAGGACAAUACUUGUAAAUCAUAAUAACCAUCAUACAUGUAUAUAAAAAUUCCGUGAGACAUUAAAGAACCCACACACUGUUAGUUCAUAAAGAGCAGGGGACGUGGUCCCUGCAACUCAAGUUCCUGCUGUUUAUAAUGUCACCAGUAAAUACUAAACUUGAACUUGAACUUGAGUUUGUUUCAUGAGUGCAACCAUGGUAUGGUAUGUCAUGUACACAUUUUGUCAUUGGUAUAAAGAUGCCGGUACUCAUUGUUAAAUUAUAUUAAAAUUACAAACAGCUGAGGAAAAUUCAAAAAAUGGUUUAUUUUGAAGAUUUAUUAAAAGAUUCAUGAAUCUCCUACAGCAAGACAAAAAGCAUUUGAUCCAGUUCAUUGUCUCCAAAAAAGCAAUUCAUUUAACAACAUAGUUGUGAACAAGACACUGGUGAAAUGACUAAUUAAUUGUUGUUGUAUUUCAAGGUCCAUCUGGAAGGGUUGAGCAAGCUGGCCCAAGCACAAGUUCUGUUACAGGUGAAUAAGAGAUUACUAACUCAUUGUAUGUGAGAAUCACAACAGCUCCCUGACAGUAACCAGCUACUAAACUUUGUCUUCUAUCUAUUAAUUCUUCAAGGUUCACAGCAGGGAAGUAUCCCCUCCUCUUUUUGGUACCUCUUAUAGAUCUUAAAAAAAUGAAUUUCUUCCAUGCUGACAAAGCAAUAUUCCGAUACCUUCUGUGGAUACUUUUGAAUUUUUUAUUUGAUGAGCACCAGUUGUUUAAUAGGGUAGUAUCUUCUUCUUCCCCGCCUUCCCCCACCACGCCCUGAGGACACUAGUGAUCAACUUUACAGGGCUGUCACUAAUGGCCGGGAGGUGUGGAUUUCCCCUGGCUGCUAUGAGCAUGACCCCUGGUUACUUUAUUCAUAGGAAAUAAGAGGAAAAUAGAAAGAAUUUUCAGGAUGUUCUAUUCCCUGCUCUGAAACUUGAAACCAUAGUGACAGCCUUGAACUCUAACCAGUAAGCUCUCUGCUCUACUGGCUUUAUGUUCUGGUAUUAGAUCAUUCUAGAACUCUACCCUCUGAUUGGUUGGAAAGGCCCAGGAAAUAUUUUGUUUUGUUUUUUUCCUGUUUUGAAAAUGGUUUUGAACUGCAACUGCUUACUAGAUCCCUUUCAGAAUCAACUCAGUGUGCAGCUGAAAUCCUGCAUAACCAAGUUUAAAACAUAAAUUUAUUGUCUAAAAUUGUGCACACUGCAACCAGGCAUCAUUUAGUGAAUUAAAAUGUCAGUAUCACCCACAAUUCAGUAAAAGCUAAGAUGUAAACUUUCAGUCCCGAGACGAGCUGCUCAGUGCUUUUUGUUAUUAAAACUUUAUUAUUCAGACCCAGAAACUAAAAUGUGAGCAGUAAAAAAACUGACAGAUUGAUGAACAUCCCCAAAUACUUUUGAAUAGCUGUUGUUUUAAAUGUCUCACUUCAAUUUUUAUUCUAUUUUGUUUAACUCACAGACCUGUCAGCAGGGAAACAGCCCUCUAGCUCUACGGCCACUAAGGAGGAGUUACCAGGUACUGUUAUUAUAUUCAAUAAAGCAGAAAUGGUACCAGACAUACAGUAGAUUAAAAAUGCUUACUUUAAUAUGAAAAUGACUUUUAUCGUUUUUUAUAUUGCAAUACAAAAUGAUCUUUAUGGUCGCAGUUGUUUAUAUUUAUUUCUGAAAUAAGUAGCAAAGAAGAAGUAUGAUGUGAUACUUCAAGUGUCAAAUCCUUUUUCUCAUUCAAUUUUUCUGUUAGAAUUUUGCUAAGGUAUUUUUAACCUGCGCUAAUCCUCGAGCUCAGUUAUAAAAAAUAAGAAUUAUUUUUAGCACUCAACCACAAACGUCACUAACAGCUUUGGAGAGGUAGCCCUCUAUUGGUUUCUCCUCCCUGAACCUCUCUUUGUGGGGUAACGCCCCUUUUACUUGCUUUACUGAUGCAGUCUUCAAAGACAUUUACAUAUAAAUUUUGCUCGGCCAAGGCUGCCCAUUCCGCCAUAUUCAUAAUUUAUAAUUGUAAUAAUUAAUAAUUCUUUCUUUAGCUCACGGUGAAAUUACAUUUUUAACUUUUUUAUAACUGAAAUUUGUGCUAGGUUAUAACUUUAUAAUAUAAGAGAAAUAAUAACUGCGAGCUGGGAAGCUAAAUAAACUGUUAGAUUUUCUAGUUAAUUCCCCAUCCUUAUUAAAGUCAGUGUGUAUAAGCAGGUGAAAAAGAAGAAAAUAGAAUAGAUAAAUGAAUUAAUAAAUUAAAUUAAUAAAGAGCAUUCCUUCUACGUUUGACCGUAGUAUUUAUAUUCCAACACUAUGUUCUGGUUUUAGAGCCCAGAUAUCUACACGCACUGUUAGUUACAUUUCUGUUGGUGUAUAAUGAGUUGAGGAUAAUUUGUUUUUACAGUCAAGGGAGGUCCAACGUACCCCCAAGAUUCUAUUAAUGAAUUGAUUAUUGGAAAGUUGAAUCCGUUGCUAGUUAUAGAUUUCAGAAUGAUCUUGCAUGCGUAAUGAGCUGUGAAUUCACCCGCAAGGUAGUUAUGAAAUUUCUAUCAGCUCAGUAUUCCUGAAUUUGAUGUAAAUGUCUUCUAAGAAACUUAAUCCAUUCAAAGAUUUUCAAUCUGACCAAAUACAGAGAAGUUCUCGUAAAAUAUUUAGUUCUUAUUACGCAUGCAGGAAUGCCGCUUUGAAUUUGACACCAGUUACGGGAACGACUAACUGAUUCAUUUUUCAAAUAUGCCUCCUUUGGACAAGCACGUGUUCAAAGGGAUUAAUUGCGCAACACACACGCUUUAGUAUCAGGUGAUAGGAGUUUCGUGUUUCAUUUUCGAGUCAGUUUUUACCUCGAGCGUAUACCAGGGUUUUGCACCGUACUGUUUCGUUUCUUCUUCCGACCCACCCACCCUGGGUGAUUUUAUUUGAUGUUAAAGGGUGGCAGAGAGGUUUAUUAGGCAUAUCGUUGGCUGUUGUUUACUUUUUGUUCGUAUCCUUAAUAAACUUUUCUCCGUGCCAAAAAGCGAAUUGUGUUUUAUUUGUGUCAGGGGGCGUAGUUGGGGAAUUAUCAAUUCAUUAAUCGAUUCUUGGGAAGAACGCUUCACCUGGCUUGACUGUAAAUAUGGAAAUUUUAUUUAUACUUGGUGAUCUGAUCAGUUUAUAUAAAUGAGGGCCUAUAUUUUGUUCGUCGACUACCUCCCUUUAACUUUCUUCGCCUAUUAAGAUAUCAAGUUAUUAACGAACAAUUCUUUAAAAAAGGAACGUAAAAUUUUCUUUAACAGAUUCUCUCUGCCUCAAGGAGUGCCAGAAACAGCUGCGAUCAAUUUAUGAAACCAACAGCAAAGUCAAAAUCGUUCCUUGGGACCAAAGCUCUGCCGUUCACAUUGACAAAGUUUACACCCAGUUGUCUUGGCUUAUGGAUUUGAAGGAUGCCAGCGGAGUAACACAGAAGGAGCUUGAACACUAUACCGACAUUUUUGACGGCGGAAGACUUCAUCAUACGCCUAAGCGCAUUUUGGUUCACGGACGACCAGGUAUCGGCAAGACCGUUUUUACGCAGAAAGCUACAUUCGACUGGUCCCAGCAGAGAUUUGAAGGAAAGCUAGGAACAUUUGAUCUCGUACUUUUGGUCAAAUUAUGCGAUGUUUGUAACCUCAACAAUGUCCCAACCAUUCUGAGGAAUGCUAAUCUUCUCGCGAGUGAUGGCCCAAUUUCCACUGACAACCUGUACCAUUACGUUCGUCACCACCAAGAAAAAGUGUUGCUUAUUUUGGACGGCUACGAUGAAUACGUACACAGCGCAGCAAGCCAAUCACCUGUUCUUCAAAUCUGGGAGAAAAAACAGUUGAGGGAUUGUUGUGUUAUUGUAACAUCUAGAGACAUGAAAGGAGAGGGAUUGAAAAGUUCCAGCGAUGCUCAAUUUGAGAUCGACGGUUUUGACCGUGAGCGACAAGAAGAGUUCGCCCGUAGAUUCUUGAAAGAUGAUCAAGAUGUUAAAGAGUUUUUUGAAUACUUGGAGCAACAAGACCUGCAGGAUAUAGCAAAAAUACCUAUUGUACUUUUAAUGCUGUCUUUAGUUUGGAAGGAAAAGGAUCGUGAAGGACUACCUUCAUCACGGGCGAUGGUGUACUUUCAGUUUUUACAGACUAUGUUUAAUCAUAUGUCGGAAAAACAAAAAAAGCCGGCGGAAAAAGUUGACGAUCACAAACAAGAACUCUGUAAACUAGGAGAACUAGCCUUUGACGCACUUCUACAAGAUUUACUUUAUUUUCCUCUCAAUAAACUGCCGGAUCACGUUUUGACUGAGAAACUGAUCGAGACCGGGUUGUUUCAGCUGCUAAACAUGUCUGCUCUUAACCCGUGUAAAGCCGUGCACUUCAUUCAUAAAUCCAUGCAGGAGUUUUUGGCUUCUUUAUUUCUAAAAGAAGAACUGUUAUCUCAAGAAAGUAAAAACAAUUCCCUUUUCAAAGUCGACUCAAUUGAAAAGAUCUUCAAGUUGAAUGAAGUUUUUAAAUUUGCUGCUGAAAUGUCAGAAGAAGCCGCGCGCGAGAUCUUGAUUUAUCUGUUGGAAAUGGCGGCGAAGGAAGACGGAGAGUACAGCUUCGACAACCAAGCACCGUCACUCGAAGAUUUGUCUAAUGAACAAAAAAAUCUUCUUACUCUAUGUACACAGUUAUUCUUCUACUGCUCAGCAGACACGAGAACAGAAAUUUUCCCCACUUUUCUUUCCAAUCUAGGAGGUGUUUUGUUCAUUUUAAAUCCUGACCAGCUGAAUAUUGCAGCAAAGGAAAAUUUUGUUAAAACUGCCGCUUCACUUAUGUACAUAUUUUUCUCUGAAAGCCGCCGGUAUACAGAGCAAAGUUAUAAUCAUUUAAUAACUUUAGUACAGCAAUUAAACGCUGUUAUAGUUAGUAGAACAGGAGAACAGAAAGCAUCAGAAUUUUUGAAUGUAUUUCCAUGGCGUAGAGUAAACGAGUUUUUUUUAAUGAAAGAAGAAAACAACACUCACCUUUAUUUUACUGAAAUUGUAAAACCUCUUCCUUUUAAAAUGGUAAAGACGUUAGUUAGUGUAGAAGAGACAACAAAGAAGACAAACAUGAAUGGUGAUGAGUCAAGUGAAGAGAGCAGCAGCAGCUGUUGUUCAAAGCGUCAUGGUCUCUCCAGGGUUCGGAGGAUUGCAGCUUGGUAUGUGAACAGGUCAGAUGUGGAACUGAUGAUUGAGAUCAUGCCGUUUAUCACCGCUCCACACGAGAUAUGGGUUGGGGGUGAACCCGGUGAAGUGUACGAUGCUGAGUUAACAGAGUCUCUACUGAGGAGCAUCCCAACAACACACAAACUGAACAAAUUAGCACUCUGUUAUAUCAAUAUAACAUCAUCACCUGCUGUGGAGUUCAUCAGCAGAGUAUUCAAACAAGAUCUUCCAAACUUGAAGGAGCUCUACAUGCCAUACAAUCCUCUUCUGGGUGCAGGAGUCGACAGCUUGAUAAAACAUCUCAGCUGCGCUCCUCACCUGGAGGAACUGGGCCUUAGAGGUGUGAAGAUGACUCCACAGCAGGUGAUGGAUCUCUCAUCAGCUGUACAGCAGCACGGAAACAACACUAGACUGUGGUCAUUCUACCACGUAAGUUUUCCAAUUUUAUCGCAAUUUGUUUCUUUAUUCUUUGUUUACAGUUUAUUUCUACUCAGCUCUUGCCUUUCGCCAUUUUCCUUUCUUUGUCAUUUUCAUACUCGACAAAACACGAGAUUUGCUUUUGAAAUCAAAUCACAAACUUUAGCAGAUUCAAAGUAUCAUUUCAAAUUCAUUUCUUUCAACUGAUUAAACUAACUCCAUAAAAUGUUUUAACUGAGAACGUUAAGAACAAGUAACUUCAGCUGAUAUUAACACAUGGAGUUGAACACAAAAAGAGAAAUUUCGUAUCUUCAAGUAGCCAUAAGAUGAUAUUAUUGGGUGAAAACAAGAACUUCCAGCAAAACAAAAGCACAUAAUUUCCACAGUAUUAAUUUCUGAAUCAAUUUUAAUUCAUACCUUUUCAUAAAGUAACAAACAACAAUCAUAAAAGCAAAUGAAAGAUGUUCAGUUCAUGUUCAGUUCAUGUUCAGUUCAAACAAAUAAGCAAAGAGUAAACACAUUGAACUCACAGUUUCACAUUUAUCGUCCAAGGCUCCUAUAAGAACAUUUUAAGUCAAGUGAAGUUCUUUCGAAAGUCCAAAAAACAAACAAUUCUUUUUCAUAGCUGUUCUUUUGUUUGUUAGUUCUUGAGCGUUUCUUUGGUAAAUACUGGUCCUUUCAGUUCGGUGAAGUGUUGGUUUUUGAAAUAACAACCCGCAGAAAAAAAUUGUAUCUCCGAGACAACGGUUGAAAGCAACACCAAAAAAAUUUCCUUACAAGUAAACACUUCGCUGUUCUCCGCGGUAUAGCAUAAGUGUCCAUUGCAUGAUUUUCAUCGCGUAAAUAGCAUGAGCUUGUUUUCAAUUUUCCAAGAACACUCGCCAUAAUAUAUAGAUUUAGCCAGGGCUAAAAGCGAAGCUCACGUUAAUAAAUUAAUAAUUUAAAUAAAACAGUAAACAUUAAUCAUUUAACUUUAAGGUACAUUCAUGCAACAUUUUAAGGGAAAGUGAUUCCUUAGAGAAGAAUAAUUUGACAGUCCAAGAGUGAAACAAAUUUUACAUCGAGUUAAUAGUCUGUUAUAUGUACACCGAAAAAUAGCAAUCUUCUUCGAUCACAGUAGAUUAGGCCUAGAAAACAAAUUCUUCCCAAACAAAAGAAGUUAAACCCAGUCACCCGCCUACACUGCCUUUAUUUGAUAAGGUUAAUUCAUAGUCUCUCCAGCCACUCCGCUGGAGAGACUAUAGAGAUAACUGGAUAUCCCCGAAACAUAAUUUUAUGCAACACAAGAGAGUCCUCGGUUGCAGCCAAUUUACACGUUCCAUUCUCUGUCUAAAGGAAAGGCCAAAAGAAAAAAAAAUCAGGCCGGUCUUUUUGUGUUUCGAAAAAGAUUUGUGUUCGACAGGUUUACUUUACAAGUUUAUACCACUAUAUGAGAAAUUUCUGCAAUUUGAUUGGCUUAGAGCAGUGGAAAAGGAAAACAGUGCUAUGCCUGUGUGCCUGUUUUUGAUCAUACAGACCUCGAACAAAAUUUGUUUUUCCUUGCCCUAUUUAAACCUAUAAUUCUGCAGUUUUUCCCAAUUUUGCUACACAAAUUGCGCUCAUUCAAUAUCCAGGACGAUCGAAGCACGCGCUUCGAAUUACCUUUGAGCAAAAAAUUAUAGAAUUGACCACAUUAUAAAACGUUUUCAUCAAGAGAAUUUUCCAUAAUACCGGGACUGUUUAGUCGGAAAAAUCUGCUCCUAUGUGAUAUGUAGAGUAAUAUAAUAAUGGGCUUCUAGUGAGAACGAUCAAGAAAUUCCCAAAAUUACCUAUACGGCCAGCCGGACGGUUUCUCACUGUUGUCAAGCACCAAAUUUGCAGUUCGAGGCGUCGGAGCCGCUUGUACGAACAUUUAAGCUUCAACAUGAUAGAGAACUUAUUAUGUUUAGGUUUUAUUUCCCUUUAUUUAUGGUUUUGUUAUGUGAUAUUUACGAGCAGCAUUUUGAGUACUCCUGUGUGCGAUGUUUUGUUUUUCGUUCGACUGAAAACAACCUGCGCGCCGAUUAAAUUGAGAAAGAGACUACUAACCAUCAGUAAAAUAAAUAUAACUCGGUGAAACAUGUACAGAGACAACAAUUUUCAUUCACGGCGAUAAGUUUUGAGAGUAAGUGUCUCUGAAAAUCAUAAGCAUAAGCUCAUAAAGUUCAAAAACCUUGCAGAUUUAAGCCGGCUUCGCGGUGUUUACUUCAAGAUGAACCGCAAGGCAAGAAUAUAGCUCAGAGCUUUCUGUUUACAGCCAAAAGCACAACUAAAUAAAUUGUAUUCUUCUGAACGUUUUCUUUGUAUUUGUGGACAGAAAAUGUUAUUAAAGACUUUUUAAAAUCUGUAAGGUUAUGUCAAACCUGAUGCUGUUGUAGGUCAGAUCAUUGUCUUGUGUAUAAACUAGGUGCAGAAACUACGCUCGACUUUAGGAAACCGGAAAAAAGACACAUCAAAUACAAUAAUAACACAGGCUAACCAGUCAAGAUGCUCCUGAAGGCCGUCAGAAUCGCAUGAGACUUUUUUGAACCCUCUUUAUAAUACGCAUCAAGCAAGGGGAAGUGAGUAAAAGCGAUCCAUCCGAAAUCGGAUUUCCGAUGACUUUGACAAGCGGCGCAUUUCUAAACCAAAAAACCAAUAAACAAACAAGCCAUGAAUUACUUAAGAAUCUUGCCAGCAUCUGUAUUUCAUUUUGUGCAUCCAGUAGAAAAAGACAGCUAAAAGCUUCACAACGUUUAUACACAAUACUCCGUCAGUUUCAGCUAUCAGUAAACAAGUUUCAAGAUGCUGCAUAAAUUUUCCGCAUGAACUCACCUGUCAAAUUUUGACCAAUCAGAGCAUAAAAAUUGGACGUAGAGCGUGACCAACGCGUGACCAUGGUGAGAAAGGUCGAAAGCAACUUCCCUGUCUGUAAAAGCUGGCUGAAUUCUCGCGUCCGAGGUCAGUUUGAAAUUAAAAGUUUAAUAGUGCGACUCAUAAACACAACUUCCUAUUUCCUACGCGUUAAAAAAAUUGAACUUGAGCUUGCAAUCAUUGGAAAAGUAGUAACUUAUCAGCGGAUAACUUCAAAAAACCUCGAACUAAGUGGACCGAUACCUGAGCCCGCGACACGGUCAGGUGCUGAUGGUCAGCGGAUGCUGUAGUUUGAAAGCUGUCAAUUGGACUUCAUUAGAAUGGCGAAUUUUCAAAUAAACGUACUGUUGACUGCGAGUGUUAGUCAGGGUUGUAAUGGACAGAGCGCAAAAACCGCUGAUUGGCUAGUGGAUAAUGACGUAAUUUAGCCUGUUUUGCGUAACUGCGCCUGCGCAAACCUGGGAAAAUUAAAGAUCGAGCAUGGCGGCUGAGCGUGAGAGAGCGAUGCUAAACUACAAGGACCUACAAGACUGCUGUUGGUAGAAAAAGAAAUAAUCAAAUAUAGCAAGAAACCUUAAAUGAAACCUACUGUUUAAUUGCCUUCAAAACUUUGUGCGUGAAGUUACUGAAAGCGCCGUUUGGGAUGUCCACCGUAUGUAAACAUCGAGUGUUUAUAUUGCAAAUCCUUCGAGCAUAUUUCAGUUUUCAGCAAACUGACAUCGGAUUACACCCUUGCCCACAGGAACAGCUACAGGGAACUUGCUAUUGAUUGUACCCAAAGGCUUUCAGCUUUGAUUGUCCAUAUUUUGAAAAUGCGUUUGGCUGGCCAGAAUCGUCUUGUUUCAUGAACUUCGCGUGGUCGAACAGCUGUCAUAGCUUUGAUUUCAAAUUAAAGCGUCCCACUUUUCUUCCUUUGAAUUCUGAUUCACAUUUGAGUCGUAGAGAUACAAAAGUUUCAUAUCAGGGUCAUCAUCAUCGUCCUCGUCGUACACAGGCAAACAGGUGAGAAUCCAAACUCUUGAGGUUGUUUGUUUGUCAUGAUGAUAACCUGCUAUCAGGUGUUUGUUAGACAUUUUACAGCAUGCUACAAAUAAUGUUUUAGCAUGUGGAUGAUUGUUUACAUGUAUGAAGCUCGUUUCUUUUGCUGUUUGUUAUUUGUAGUAACUAAUUUUUAUUUGUUCUGUCAUUGUAGAUUUUUUUCUUCUAAGUGUUUUGAAAAAUAAUAUUUCUUAUAAAACAAGCUGUACAUCUACCAUAAUCAUUUUAUUACUUCUUUUGUUGUAGGAAACAGAAACCAUUAACCUGAUUUCUAAGAGCUGAGGUUGUAUAGAAGGGCAACUACCCUAAUUCUCUUCAGAUUAGAUUUCUUGAUUGAUGAAAAUUAUUUUUCACUGUUGUAAAAUGGAAUAAAACAAUAUAUCUUAAUUCACGCCAGGAUCGUGCUCACUGCAGAAAUGUUCUAUUUCAUUAGGAUAAAAUUAAUACUUUUCUUCUUUUGUGUAAUGAUGGACCAAUGACUUGUAUUAUUGAGAUGUACAAGAGUGCUGAAUAUUGUCUCCUUUUGCACUGAGAUAAUUGCUUGUCAUGAUGAUAACCUGCUAUCAGGUGUUUGUUUUUGCACUGGACAGUCUUUCUGCCAAACAUCACCCGGAAAUGUGUAUAAUACUUACUUAUCACAUAAUAAUAACCACUGCGUUUAAGUUUGGUUCUCAAAGUAUGCUACAGUAACUAAAUGUGCUCCUUUGUGUCAAACAGAUGUAACAUAAUGAAAACACAUUCAUGAAAUGAACAUCAAAUGUAAAUACUGUAAAUCCUCUUUUAACCCCCCACCCUCAAAUAAGUUCCCCUUCCCCUUUAUAUUCUUCACUGAUUAAUAAAUGGUAGACUGUAUUAGUCAAUCACAACUGUGAUUUCAUGUGGACCGAUCCAGGAUGGUUCAUUCACCAACUGAAAGUUCGGAUUUGUUUAUGAUCCUCAGCUUUUCCACUUUGUAUUCUAGUCCUUUAUGGAGAACUGAUACCAUUGUCUUUGCUAAAUUACAUAAGCUCCCCCUCUCAAGUAAGCCCCCUCCCCUGUUGUGUGUUUGAAAUGAAUAAGCCCCCCUGGGGCUCAGUAGAGGAUUUCAAUGAACAAAACUGUUUGCCAGUCAAUGAGUUAAAUAUUAAUGGUGUUACAAAGAAAAAUUUGAGAUUUUGAACAAAAAUUUCUUUCCUGGAAAGAGUUUCAAUACCUUCUGCCUGAAGCUAUAUUUGACAUACCGUAUUUAUUCAAAUAAGCGUCCAAUCUCGAAUAAGCGCCCAUCCUAAAGGCAGAAAAAGUUAAUAAGCGCCCACCCCAACUCCCUCCCACUCAAACUCAAAUAAGCAACUACCCCCACCCCACCCUCAAAAAAUUGAAUGAGUACUAAUAAGAGACUUCCCCAAAGAUGGAGUUUUCUUCAAAGUAUUUUACAGGAGCCUUGCUUUGUUACAUCUUCGUGUUUGGUUGCUAUUUAUUGUUUUGUUGCAAAAUAAACAUACUGCACUUGCUGAAAAUGUUGAAAAUUUAAUAAGCGCCCAGCCUCGGAUAAGCGCCCACCUCAAAUUAGCGCCCACCUCAAAUUAGCGGCCACUCUCAAGGUCCAAAAAUUUAGUAAGCCCCUGGGGCGGUUAAUCGAAUAAAUACGGUAUAUAUUGCAGUUAAUUUUUUAUCUCAGAUAAUUUUUAUUUUUUCUUUUGUUUCAACUUUAUUAGCAUACAUUACCUGAGUUACAAAUACAAGCUUCAAGUUUAUUAACAUGACAUCGGCUUUCAGUCCUUUCAGUCCAAGAAUAUUUUGGUCAACCAUGCAGUAAAUGCCUACACUAGUGCACACAGGGUAGUCAAACUCAUUUCUUUUAUACACGAUUUACAUUUGCACUUUCUUGUAAAGCAUGUUUGCUGAGUUGAGUUCUCCAUGAAAAGCUUCUUAUGCUGUAUGACUUUGUUGGGAUAAUAGUGAUAACCUCAGGCAGGUAACCACAUGGAACAUAAUCUCUCUGAAGUUAUAAUUUUACUGUCAACUAAUGGGCGGGUGCAGGUCAUAUUGUACGCUACUCUGAAAGAUGGUGAACAGUGCAACUCCAUGAGCAAUAAUUCAUUGGUUUUGUUAUUGUUUGUCAUGGGGUCAAUACAAUAAAACUUUGACAAGUGAAAAUAUCUACCAGUGAAGUUAUUAUUUUGGGCUCUGAAAUCAGUAGCCACACUUGUGUAUUUUUUUUUAAAGUUUUUAAUGAAUUUAUCACUGGUUGCUUUCCCCAAGUAAUAGGAACACAACAAGUUUGGGAUGUCACUUACUGUAACCAACCCAUCACAACAUUUACUGCUUAACUAUAAACCCAUUCCCCUUGAAAUCUUGUUCCACUACUCACUUACACAUCCUUCUAUCUAAUCCUAUGAUCCUAGAAGCUUUCCCAAAACAUUUCCUGUCAAUGGGAGGAGAAGAAGCGGAAAAAAACGUCAAGACUGCUGUGUCACUCUUAAACCUAAAAAUAGCUUGAAAUUUUUCUAUCUGAGCAUGAUCAAAUGUUGGAAGCUGAUACUUUGCAUCUGGAACAGAAGGCUCUGUGAAGUGCUCAACUCACAAACAGUAUUUUUGCUUAUUGUAGCCAGGCAGUGACCAGAAAACAGCUUAAUUAGCUUCAAAAAACAAUUUUCUGCAAAAUUCUGAGGAGUAAAUGGGUUAAAAAUAAUGACUGAGCAUGCAACAUAUUAUGAGAGGGCUGAUCACUGCACCAUUCCAUUGUUUGAGAAACAGCAGAUCGUUAUUGUGGUCAGUGAAAUGGAAAAGGUUACUAUAUGGAUUAAUAACUUCCUGUUCCACCUCAGGGACUUGUCAGAAAUUAGCAGGGGGGGGGGGUUGGAAACAGAGGAGGGUCACAACUUUUGAGACUGCAGAAGAGGGAGGGAUCAUGAAAAAUGGGCCGUUAAAAGGGGAGGGUCAUGCAAAUAUGUGUCCGUGAUCAUGUAGAGGUUCACCCACAGAAGAAAAAAAAAGAAGUUCUUUAUUUUGUAAAAAAAAAUGGGAGAAAUAGGAGUCCAGUGAUCAGCUGUCAGAAUCAGAGUCGGACUCAGCUUAAUGCUGUCAUCUAAAAUGUAUGUAUAUGGCAUUACAAAAACAGAUUAGAAAUAUAUUUUGAGCUUUCAUAAGACUGACUCACCCUAGUAGAUUUUAUCAUUUAUACAAGAGGGUGGGGGGGUCAUGAUAUUUUAGGCCAAGGUCAAUGGGAGGGUUAGCCAAUUUCACUCCCAUUCCAGGGAUGGGUCAUCUCAUUUCCGAACCCAAAUUUAAAAUUCCCACCCCCUCCCCCCCUGCUAAUUUCUGACAAGUCCCUCAGUGGCUUAGUGUUCCAUGAAACUUAGGUUAAGAAAGUGAACUUUUAUUUGGAGGAAGGGGGGAGGGUGGAUGAUGAAAUGUGUUUUAAAAGAUAGUCUGGAUCAUAAUAAUAAAUGUUCAACCACAAGCACCCACCUUCAAGUUUCUUGUGGACUUUUUUAUUUUCGUCUUUGAUUUCUUUCAAAUUUUUUUAAAAAUUGUUUUUGGAGUCUUCCCUCCCCCCGCUCUGCUUCCUUUCAUUGCAUAGUAAUAUAAUUUUACCUUCCCCUCCCCCCCGGCCCCAAUUUUAAGUUGUCAUAAUAAUUUAAAUUUUUCGAUGUACUUUAUUUGUAACAGAAAUACAGAUUUACAUGGCAUUUUGUAGAACCUUGAAAAAUUUUCCCUAGCCCCCACCCCCCAUACUCCCUAAAUCUUGACCGGCUCCUUAGUUCUCGUGGCCCCUUUUAAACAUAAAACAUGCCAUAAAAAAAUGCCUUUGCUGCAGUUUGAAACUAGAAGAAGAAUGACUUUUCCAGCUGCACUGUAGCCGUGAUUUCGCUGAGAAAACAACGUGAGCAAUCACAACGACUCAGUGUCACCAAGGUGUAUUUAUAUUUAGCGCCUCAAAAAACACAAUGUACAUCACCCGAACUUUACUACUUAAAAAAAUUCUGCAGAUAACCACUUUUAUAGCAUGUAUAUAUGUGAGAUUACAAAGUUCUAGAUUUCAGUUUUCGUGAAAACCAGUUGCAAAUCGAAUUCCUUUCACAGUCAGUAGAAACAAAAAUUGCGAAGCAACGCGGUAAAUGACGUAAAUAUACUUGUAGUUCUUCCAACUUCGCCUUGAACGAGCCUUCCUUGACAUUCAAGACAUGAAACAAUAGUUCACUUUUAAAGAGCUCUAAAAAAUUUUCAUAGAAACGAAAAAAAAGUCAUAUUUGAUAUGUUUCGCAUUAACUAUUUACCUCGAACAUUUCUCUUUCCUGACCUUAAAGAGUGAGCGACCACCUUAAGAAACGUAAAAAACCUGCCCUUCUUCGAAACAACAAGCUUCAAAAUAGGCUCCGAAGCUGGUCACAAACAUCGCGGCUUUAGAGAACCUGUUUAAGUCCGAUCUUCUCGCUAGCGUCGCCAAGACAUGGCUGAAUGCUGACAGAUUCCGUUUAACGAUGUUGAAAAAUUCUCAGAGCGAGGACAGCGGCUUGGCAGCGUCCGCAGUGACGUGUUAGAUUCUGAUUAGUCCUCCGCCAUUUUGAAAAUCGAAAGGCGGGAAUACAAGAAACAGUGGCGAGAGCUCUAGUGCGCAUGUCUGGCGGUUUUUGCGCUCUGUCGUUGUAAUGGAGGAUUAAUGGGGCGAAAUGUCGUGUAUUUGAGCCCACGUUGUUAGUGAUCUGAUAGUGGUCUUCACAUGUCCCAUUUUGACAGCUGUCAGUUGACCUUAAUUUGGCUUGUGCGUAUAACUUUAAACUGACAGCCCUGGUGAAAGCGAAGUUUCCUUUCAUUUUUAUUUUUAUGUUGGUGUGACAUAUUAUAUCAGCUUAUAUGUAGAGAAAACGACUUAUCUUUCAUAUGAGCCCGCGAGAUGGUCAUGUGAUUACUGUCAGCGGAUGUCUGAUUUUGACAGCUGCCAAUUCAUCCUCAUGCGGAUGGCUUACAAAAUGUCAAUUUCUCCAAGAUGUGACAGUUGACAUCAGCUUACAUGAAGUGUGUGUACGGGUGGGCGUACUCUACGUCAUAACCAAAUUUUCUCGGAUGGAUGGUUUACCAAAUUUUCUUACCCAUGGUGCUCCGCAAGCGCGCGCUUCGCGCGCGCGAGAGCUCCGCUACAAAUCAAAUCCUGCGGAGCUUUGGACUUUCGUGAAAUAUCCUUAUAAAUGAUGUUUCCUUGAGCUUCGAACAACUCCUUAGCAUAUUCCUGAGUAAAAAGAGAUAGAUCCCUGUGUUUUGCCAGUAUCAAUUCCUUGAUGUUUUCUUAUUAAAUUUUAAGUUCAUCCUGAACAGUUUGCCGUUGAAGAGCGAACUGAACAAACUACAAAAACAACAAACGAUGUCACUCAAAGUCUAGUGACGUAGCGGCAGCUGAUUGGUUAAAUCCACCUCGGAUGAUUUUUCACGUGAUGACAUUUUCCCGCUUCUGGUUUUAUUACGUAACAAAUUCCCGCCCGAAAAAAAAUACACCGUGGUCUGCAAAUUUUGUAAGGCUGAAUAUAUUUUCAAAAGAAAAGAAAAAGGAUUUGCUAAUUUUGAUUUUGAUUUUACUAUUUUGAAUGCGAAUUUCUUGUACGUGCGCCUUGAUAAAGAUAAUGUUUCUCUUUCCAAUCCCGCCGAGAGGGGAGAAGUACAGGGGGGUAAAUCUCCCUCCUCCCUAAACUUGGUUUAAAAAUUGGCGACGGGUAACACUCGUUUCUUGAACUUAGUCGUAAAGGAAGUUUUUGACCUUCAGCGCUUCGCCUCUACACCAACAUACCGGACAAAGAAGGCGUAACCACCGUGUGUCUAGUGCAGUUCUGGCCCAUCUCUCUCUCUAUGUCACGCAACCCCGGAGAGAGAGGGUCCUCCCCCACAUCCCUUAUCAUCACGCAAAAGAAGUCAGAAUCUUCGCUAGGAAAAAUUUCUCUCAGCAAAUAACUUUAAAGACGCUUAAAAAUAGUUUGUCAGUUGUUUUUAGAACAUUAACCUUGUGCUCGUAUAAUUUUUGACAAGGUGCCGGGUUCGAAUCCUGCUCAUUACCCUUUCUUUUUUCCUUCUGUUUUUCUCAUUUUUGUUUCGUUUUCGUUUUUGUUUUGUUUGCUUAUUUCUUUUGUUGUUGAUGGUUUUCAAAUAUAUACCUUCUAGAGCAAAGAUAGUAAUUUUAUGGAUAAACGAUCUGAAUUUCUAUCGUUUCCUACAAUUUUCAUUCCUGUUUUAUUGCAAUAUAUUCUACAAAACUAAAACAGUAGCCACAUGCAGUCACAAACUGCCUUUUAUUUUAUAGGCCAAGUUUUGACUGUUAAUCUUUGCCUUCGACCCGCGAGGCUUGUUUUGAACUUAGUACAUCUUGUCAAAGUUGUUGUCACAUAAACAAUUGUCUUUUGUUGGUCAGUGUAACCGCAUGGGACUUAAAAUGAAAAAGGUUUUGAAAUGUGUACACGUCCACACUUUAUUAAAGGGAGAUGGGUAGUUUUAAGUAUUGUUUUGUAUUUUGUUGAAGGAUAAUAAAGGAAACCCCAAACCUGAACUUGAGAACUACUUGAAAAGGAAGUACCCAGACCUCUUUCCUAAUUCAUCACCUGAAUCAGCGCAUGAACAGGAGCAGGUUAGUUAUCACUCACCUUUUUUCUGAAAGUUUAUUUACACUGUAUUUAUUAAAUAUUUAGUAAGACUUUCAGUAUUUGUGUGAACAGUUCUAUUUUUCUGUCCGUCAGAGAUAGUCAAAUACGCUCAGGAGCCUUCAUUUGUAAGUCUCCAUUACGGAGGAUUUCCGAGUUGGUGA